AUGACAGAUACGCUCGUCGCGUCCACCUCGUACACUAUCGUCCAAGCCUCCGAGUCGUACCCGAUCCUCCAAGCCGACAACGGGCAGAUCGUGCUCUACAACCCGAACAACCACGCCCUCUCCAUCGCAGAUCAGCGGUCCACUCUCGCACGCACGGCCAAGCGAUGCCCGUACUGCUCGCGCCCAUUCGACGAUUCGGACGUCGACUCGGACGAAGAAAUAUUAGACUCUGAUCAUGCUCUCGCCCAUCUGGACGGGUCUGAGGACGGAGGGGGCGGUGUGAACCCCGCUGCGAACUAUUUUAAAUUGUUGGGCGUGGCGCACGAGUCCACGUCGAGGCCUGCGACACCGCCGCCGCCGCCAGCUGUUGCGGCGAGUUCCUCCCAGGGAGGGUAUGGGAGGAGGAGUAGGGAGCCUAGUCCGACUAAGGCGUUUAGGAGGGAGGCCAUGGCCGAGGGAUAUUUUAAGGCUUUCUUCACUGAAGAGGCGAGGUUGGGGAUGGGCGCUAGUGGGAGUGUUUAUUUGUGUCAGCACGUCCUAAACGGCAACCCCCUCGGCCGUUUCGCCGUCAAGAAGAUCGCCAUUGGCGAAUCCCAGUCGUACCUGCUUCAAAUACUGCGCGAAGUCAGGCUGUUGGAGAGCCUUCGACAUCCGAAUAUUAUCACGUAUCAUCAUUCGUGGCUUGAGAGCGCGAGGUUCUCGAGUUUCGGGCCGGCGGUGCCGACGCUUCAUGUGUUGAUGCAAUGGGCCGAAGGAGGGUCUUUGGAUGACUACAUCGACAUACGUCUGGGACGUACAUCUCCACCUCCGCCUCCUCCAUCAGACGGGACCAACGCAUCUUCUUCUCAUGAACCGGAUGCACAGACACAAGACGUGCAUACUCGUGCGGGCCGUAUACGUGCUUUCCGUGCGAUGCAGCGUGCGGCGCCGGCGGAGAAAGAGAGGUUGCGAGCGAUGCUAGGGUUGGAUGGUGCUGAGGGUGGACACCCCGGCAAUGCUGCUGGUGGGGGACACAGCGGAGGGAGUUGGAGAGCUGUGCAUCUGUUCAGUGCGGAAGAGGUCAAAGGCAUCUUCGGCGGGAUUGUCGAUGGACUUGCAUACCUCCACGAAAAGUCAAUCCUGCAUCUCGACCUCAAACCCGGCAACGUCCUGCUGACAUGGGACGCAACACAGCCCCUCGUCCCGCGUGCCUUACUCUCCGACUUCGGUACAUCCCGUGACGCCCUCCGUCCAGGAAACGCCCCACGCACAGGCAACACCGGUACCCUAGAGUACACUGCGCCCGAAAGCGUUCCUCCUCCCUCACCUCCACCUAUCAACGGACGAGGCGGAGGUCUCUUCACCGGCGCAACAAGCCAUCAUCACGCCAACUGGAUUCCACCCCCGGCAGACUCAAAAGCGGAUAUGUGGUCUCUGGGCAUGGUCCUCCACAAACUGCUCUUCUUCCGUCUGCCCUACGCACACGCGUCAGGCUCCUCACAACAUCCUCUGUCCGAACGGUCGACGCUCUCGGCGCUCGCGAGGGAAGUACGAGAGUACACUGGCUUCCGCGCGGCUGAUCUCGGUCGUGUGGCUGGGAAUGGCAAUGGAGGAGGGAUGAGCGCGAAAGGCGAACGGGUGCUUGAAGCGCGACGACUUCCGGCAGCAUGGGGUGUUCUACUCGAGAACUUGCUAGCCGUCGACCCUUUGCGUCGACCAUCAGCGGAAAGAGUUCUCUCGGCUAUACACAAAGGCCAACUCGACCCUCUCCCGCGCCGUACCGGAACGCGCGUCGUCGUAGAGACAGAAGACGCGCUCGUUCCGGCGUCCCUCGCGAGACCUGUUGAGCCUGAGCUGGACCUCUCGGUCGAUGAGGAUGGGAGGCCGGGGAUCAGGUCGCAUGUCAGUGAGGUGCCGUUGGAUGAGAUUGGAGAUAUCGGUAUAGGAACGAUGGUCGAUCCCGCAACGCCUACACUAUCGCAUUCUCGCUCGCCUACACCCCGCGCGGAGAAGUCGGACCCGCUCAUCCCACAUCCCCGCUCCUCGCCCAUCCGGCGCAACCACUCCCAUCGGCCUCCAUCAAGACCCUGGCUCGUCACAGCGCACCGCACAACCAAAGCAGCCGUCCUGAUCGCGAAAGUCGCUACGCUGUUUGCCAGGGAGACGAGGCCGGGCCCGGCGGCGUUGACGCUGCUGCUCGCGCUUGCGGUGGUUGACAAUGCUAGCGAUGGUUUGGUGGUUACUGCGUUGUGCGCUGCGGCGCAUGUGGGGGUGUUGGGGCACACCGGACUGAGUGGGAGACCCUCAAUUCUGGAAUUGCUCGGGCUCGUCCGCUCUUGGCUACUGAGCAUCUACCGCUGA